CCUAUUCCUAAAACCUAACCUUAUUCUUAUGCUCGGCGUUCAAUGUAAACGAAACUCGUGUAACAAAAUCUGAAACUUGUAGUGUAGUUAGGUUAUUGUUUUGUUGAAGAUAUCUUUGCAAUUUUUUAUAAAUAUUAUUAAAUCAUAAGAUUACAUAUAUAUGAAAAUCAUAUAAAGUUGAUAUACUUUAUUAAUAAUACCAACUUUACUGAAAUGGUGGUUCUGUCAAGAUGAUCGUUGAUUUACUCCUUGUACACGUUAAAAUCUUAUAACAAUGGCUGAAUCUGAGCAGCAGGAUGAGGAGAGGGAAGUGCUGCUCUCAAUUUACGAUGGAGACACUGCCUUCAAGCAGAUCUCUCCAACUGUGUACCAGUACAAGUAUGGCAGUGAUGGUGACCCGAAGUCUUUCCUGUUGGAAUUAUCAUGGGGCAAGACCUAUCCAACGGAAAAACCUACUGUUAAUAUGAACACCUUCUACAAUAAACAUAUAGUCGAAGCAGUGAAGAACCGAGUCUGUCAGCACAUACUGGACGAGGCAGAACAGUGUCUGGGAGAGGCCAUGACCUACACGUUGUUUGAGUCUGUGAGAGAGAACCUGGCUGAAAUAACGGCUAACCAGCCGGACACCAUCGUGGACAACUCUACACCAGAGUUUAUCACUGAGGAACAAGAAGAAAUAGUGACCAAGAAGCAGGUGGUGAAGAAGGAACAUCUGAGCAAGUCACAGAAACGGAAGCAAUGGGACCGAGUGGAUGGGAAGGGUGAGCGGCCGAGGGGAUGGGACUGGGUGGACAUCGUCAAGCAUCUUUCACAAACUGGGCCCAAAGAGGAAUCAUCACUUCCAGUCUCAUAGCCUUACUUCGUUUAUACAUAUUAAUUGGUACUGUCAUCGAAUUUCUAUAUCAUCCAAAAUUGAACAUAUUUUUUAUAUAACUAUUAUCGACUGACUUAGGUUAACAAUAUUGUUGUGCUAAAUUUUUCAAUAAUUUUAAGACACUUUUUCUAAAGAUGGGUUUUGUUUACUGUAAAUUAAAGUAUUUAAAAAUGUAAAAUAUUAUGGUAUUGUUUUGUUUUUAUGUUUUUGUUAGUCAUGGCGGAUAAAAAUUUAGAUAGUAGCUUUUGCUAAUUACUGUGUUAAUUUAUUUUAAAAUUGAUUUAUAGCAAUUGAUAAAUCUAUUACUCAUACAUAAAGAAACAUGUCCAUAGAAUUGUAUAUCUAAUAUGUAGAUGCUUAAUUUUAAAUGAGUGAGAGUUUUUGUAGCUUAAAUAAUUUUAUCUUGUUUGGUUGUUAUAUUUUGUGCUUAGUAAUGAUGGAACAGAAUGAAGUUAUAUAUAUUAAUUGAAACAUAAUAAUUAUUACUGAAGCAAAUAUCAAAUAUUUUGCUGUCUCGUGAUAAGCUAUUAUUUGAGAAAAGUGAAAGUGACUAAAAAUCCAUAAUCUAGCAAAAGAUAGUCACUGAAAAAUUGUAUUUUGAAAAUUAAAAAUUUUGAAAACUAAUCUAUUGAAAUAUAUUAUUGUUGAAUAUUUAUUCACAUGUACCAUAUUAAUUUAAUAUAAAUUGGUUCUGUAUAUCUGUUUACCUAUAAAAUAUGGUCAGCUGCAAAACAAAAAUGUUCUUUCCUUAAAACUGUUUAUAUUAAAUCCAUUUUGUAAUAUUUGCCCAUGCAUAAUUUUAAUAUCAAGAAAGCUAUAUUGAGUUAUUAGUUGCUAGAACAAUUGAUUUAAUUCAAACGUUUUCAUUAAUUAAAUACAAAUAAUCAAUUGAUAUUCUUUCUAAGCAAUAUGGGCUUCCACUUGUUCUUGUUUUUAUUAAAAACCUAGUCUAGUUUUUUUAUAGACAUUUUGCUAUGGAGGAAAACUAAAUUUACUCGUAUCAAAGCAUGUUCUAUGCAUUGUACAUUUAUUGUAAAUGAAGAUAUAUGUAGUAAAUAACUGUAUUAUAAAAA